AUGAAGAACAUGAAACCACCACUUCUACUAUUCAUCUUCAUCUCGGUCUCGCUCGAAGCACUCCCGAUCUCAGUCACUGGCAACAACGUUGACGCUUACCGGCCGACCGAUGAUAUUGCCGUCGACUGCGGCUCCUCCACCAGCUCCACUGUGGAGAACCGGAAUUGGAUUGGAGACGCCGCCGACCGUUCGGACUACUCUCCAAUUGAGAAAACUCACUCCUCUAUCACUGCAAAGGCAAGCAGUUCAUCUCCCAGCGUCCCUGUCGCCGCCCCAUACCUCACGGCUCGCCUCUCCCGCUCCGAGUUCGCCUACACCUUCCACGUCACCGCAGGGCCCAAAUUCGUUCGCCUGCACUUCGUCCCUUCGGAUUACCCCAACUUCCGCCGUGUUGAUUCCUUCUUCUCCGUCGGGGCCGCUGGCUACACCCUGCUCCGCAACUUCAGCGCUUCCCUCUUUGCUGAUUACCCCCUCCACGCGUAUGCUUUCGUGAAUGGAAUCGAAGUCGUUUCCAUGCCCGAAAGUCUCUACUACAACACCGUCGUCGACUCCGAGGGAGUCAAGUUGGCAGGUCAGCAGACGCCAUUCACCUUCCGUACCACUGAUGCUCUCGAAGCGGUGAAGCGCUUGAACGUGGGAGGACAGUUUGUCAGUCCAGCUCGGGACACGGGAAUGUACAGGACCUGGGAAGCAGAUGACGAGUACGUGACUUCCUCGGACAUCGGAGUAUUGCCAGUUAACACAACUAUCCAACUCAAUUACGGUGAGCAAGUGCCAAAUUACACGGCUCCAGAUCCCGUAUACACUACUGCGAGGACCAUGGGAAGGGACAAAAGAAUCAAUCUGAGCUAUAAGCUCACGUGGUCUGUCGAGGUGGACACGAACUUCUACUACUUGGUCCGGUUACACUUUUGCGAAUUCCAGAUAGAGAUAAAUAAACCUUUAGAUAGGGUUUUCAGGAUUUUCAUAAAUUCACAGCUGGUCGAGGGUCAUGCGGAUGUCAUUGAAUGGAGCGGGAAGGGCGUGCCCGUCUAUAGAGAUUUUGCAGUAGCCUUGUAUGACAGCCAAAAGAAAAGAACCAAGCUCUCCGUCGCGUUGGGCGCGCGUCCAGAUGGUUCUACUCUUUACUCUGAUGCCAUCUUGAAUGGCCUCGAGAUAUUCAAGAUCAGCAAUCCAGAUGAGAAUCUCGCAGGGCUGAACCCGGAUCCGGUCCCGAAUAAAAGGCCACCACCGCCAGGGCCUCCACAGUCAAGUAAAGCACCGUCGAGCCUCAGCAAAGCAGUAAAAAUUGCCAUCGUUGCUGGUGGAACUUCGGGCUUCACCAUACUCUCUCUCCUGGCUUUCUUCCUUUACCGGCGACGAAACAGAGCAAACGAUUCGAUAAAAUAUUGGGUGGUCCCGGACCACCACGUCAGCGUGGUCUCCGACGAGUCAUGA